GCAUAGAGAAGCUGCUGUCUUCAGCAAAAUGGCCGACAGAUUUUCUAGGUUCAACGAAGAGCGUGAUUUCCAGGGUGGGAAUCACUUUGACCAGUAUGAAGAUGGCCAAGUGGAGCUGGAGCAGGCGUCCUUGGACAAGCCCAUCGAAUCGCGAAUUGGCCCCCCUAUUAGCUAAGCAGCAAUGACCCGGACAACAUUGGACACCGGCUGCUUCAGAAACAUGGAUGGAAGUUGGGACAGGGCCUUGGCAAAACCAUGCAGGGUAAGGUUUGUUGGAUCCCCUCUGUAUGUCCGUAUGCGUGUGUGUGUGUGGGUGGGUGGGUGUGUGUGUUUUCUUUCUCCCACUCAGCAGUUCACCUCAGUGUAAACCCCCCCCCCCCCCCCCCCUUUUUUUUUUACAGUAGACUAUAGGCUAAUGGCCUCUGUCAGCUUCCUUGUCUCUGCUUUAUAAUCACUAAACCUUUUAUUUCAAUCCGCCUCUGAGUAAAGUGCUUUGAUUUAAACACAAGUACAACAAUUUGCUUGAAUCAAGGUAGAAGUAAGAAGCCGUGAUUCCGCCACAUUCCUUUUAUCACUAGGUCGUCCACGCCCCCACCCCUCUUUGAGUUUCCGUGGCUGCUGUCGGGUAUCUGAUUGGCUGUAACCACGGCUCAGACUUUGAAUGGCUUGCAGAGUAGAGCAACUUCCCCUCUCUGCUUGUUUGCCUGUUUCAACCUUUACAAAAAACCCUGUGACACUUGGAUGGGUAUGUGUGUGUGUGUGCUUGUUCGGUGGGGCUGAGAGAUGUGUGUGUGUGUGUGUGUGUGUGUGUGUGUGUGUGUGUGUGUGUGUGUGUGCACGCGUGAAUGUCCGUAACUGACCGGGCCAUAGUGUCAGCUUACAGGGAAAACCUCACCACCCUCCUACACCCUGAACGUCUCUGUUACCACGGUUACACACUCCCAUCCUCCCCCUCUUUCUUUGCGCCCCCCCACCGCCCCACACUGCAUGCUUGUCCCGGAGGUGCACUGUUGCCUGGCUUCAACUGUCGCACUCCCCCUGGGCUUUAAGCAGUGUCAGUACACCCACGGAGGUCUCACACAAUGGAGGAAUGAAGUGUCGCAUACCAGCACUUUUUACUUUUUUUUUUUUUAAGUGUACUUUUGUAAAGCUGCUGCACGCACUACAUGCGUCAACCACUGCUUAAAGUCUAGCGGACGAUUUUUCUGCAGGUACAUUUGUGUGUCACAUGUUCACCAUACGGGGGGAGUUAUAUGCAUCCUAAAAACAAACUUGUUGUCUGGACGCUAGUGAGGAAAUAACUUGGCUCACAAGCCUCAAAGGGGGAAGGUGGUGGCUAUCCAUUAUUUAAAAAAAUAAAAAUUAAAAAACAUUAUUUUGGAUGAAUCGGCACGCUUGGUUAGUAUACCAUUCUGCGCUUAUAAGUCAUUCCUCACCCAGAAAAGCCUCUCGGAAAAUGAUGUGAUGGGGUUUCAAAUUAUUGCUUUUUUGCUUGGCACUAUAUGGACUACAAGUAACAACAACAUCCGGUUGCAGCCGUUAUACUCUUCUGUGAAGAUUUUGGAGUGUCUAUGGGGAAUUUUGUGCAUUUUUGAGGCCAGUGGUCAUUGAUGUUGGACUUGCUGGCUCUCCAUUUCCAUUCUAGUCCCUCCCACAAGGUUGGAAGCCUUGCUACAAUGACGAUUCAGAAGAAUGAAGGGAUUGAGGCCACCCACUAAUUGAAUUGCAUGCUUAAGAAGUGUGUCCCAAUACUUGUGUCCAUAUAGUGUAGCAGCAUACUUGCCUGUAAGGUGAUAUAUUGGCAAUGGGGGUGCAUUCUGGUUGAGGCAGUGAGAUGAACAAUGGCAGGGCACUGGGACCAGUGGUUUUUGAGAGGGUGGUGAGAGGGAACCUGUAAGCAAUAGCUGUGUGUGAAGGGAUGUGUGGUGGGGUGGGGUGGCUGCAGGGGGGCGCUGACACACUGACACCCCUCAGGUAAUGACCCCCCCACCCCCACACAUACACAUACACACACACACACACACACGGCCCUCCUCCCAAACCUUACAACUACACACACACACACACACACACACACACACACACACACACACACACACACACACACACACACACACACAACCCCACCCUCCCUUCUCUAUGUGUCUCAAUCUUCCUGCUUAACCAAUUGGUGUUUCUUUUUUACAGCCAUUUGAUCCUGCCCAUGUUGUGCUGAUGGUAAACUUAGUGGUAAAUGUUAUUUUAUCCCCCAAUUGAAUUGUUUAUUUUUUGUUUUGUUUUCUCCCAUUUUGUUUUGUUUCUCCUGUCAUCACAGCACCAAUGCUACAUAGGCUUUUCUAUUCUCUCCGUACUAGUCCUCAUUCUGCUGCUUGUAUAUAUACUAUCAUGCAUUACGUAUUACUCUUAGAAUUGUCAUUUUGUUUGUUUUCAGUUUUUUUUUUAAACUUUGUGAUUCACACCUUGUGAUUUAGAUGCACAUUGUUGUUGUCUGGUGCCUUUCCCCCCCUCCACUGGGAUGGGUAAUGUGGAAGUAUUGUCACUGUGUGUGAAGAUUUGGUGAUAGGUUUUGGGAUGCAAUUUGUUCAUGAAUCUUUUAAUUCUGGGCCUGGCUUGUGACUCCCCUCAGAUACACCACUACAGUGGACUGAUUUGCGCACCCGAACCACAGUACAGUCGCCCCUCGGUACAUCGUGUUUUUUGAAAAAUGUAUUAAUAAAUGAUCGCGGUUUCGUAGUUGACUAUGGCCUAUUAGUAGUAAAAAGUAGCAAAUUGUAUGUAUUUCUUGUCUUGUAUUUCCUGUCUGCCACCGAUUCUGCUCCCCAACAAGGUAAACUGUUUUAAAUGGCUUUUCUCUGAUUAUAUAGAUAUUACUGGGUCAAACAGAUGUAAAGGUGACUAUAUGGGUGUUUAUAGAUGGCUCUAAUAAUAAAAAAAAAAAAAACAUUUUUUAUGCCAUAGCUACGAAAAAGGAAUCCAACUUCACGGAAAUCCACUUAUCGCGGUCGGGUCUGGAAUCAGUUAACCGCGAUAAACGAGGGAUUACUGUAUACAUGUUUAACUCUUGGUAGUAUCACUCACCAGAGUUAAGUUAAGAAACCCCUUUUCCAUUGCACAGUACCAACGCUGCUUUACGUGUUUUUGACACUUGUGCUUUGGAAAAGCAGGUUCUGCAAGUUACUAAUUCUUGUGCAGAUUUGUCAUCAUAGCAUUUGAGGAUCCACGGCUGGAAAAGAGAAAAAUAAACACGUGGUAACUUUGGCCUUCCGGAAGUUGCGGUAUUAUACUCCAGUCUCCACUUGGCUGCAGAGAUGUCCUCAUUCUUACGUACUACUGUGCAGUGGUAAAGCGGCAAAAUUCAACCAAAAGGUCCAGAAAAGCUGAAAGACACUGCAGUGGGACGGAGAGUCCAGGCAGGCCAUGAUGAUGUUCCAAUGCCCAUGCAUUUGUGAUCUCAGAAUUGAAUGUCAUUGGGCUGUGAUGACUCAAUUACUAAAAGGAAGGAAAGAGAGGAAAUCAUGCUCUUAGCUUCCUGCGGGAAGAUAAGAAUGCUCUAUUGAGAUUCGUGCAUUCACCAUAACCCCUCCAUCCAAAAAUUAAACUUGAUGGCACGUACUUAGUGGCGAUGUCAUAAGCCCAAUGGGAUACAUGUCAAUGUGAUUCACUGUAACCACAGAUAAGUGUGUGAGGAGAAAAGGAAAAAAAAAGCUGAAACCAAACUGAAAUGAUAAUCAGUCAUAUUUGGUUGUUGUAUCUGGCUGGUAAGAGGAGCAACAUAGACUGGUCAAAAUUAUUUUUAUGUAUUUUUUGAGAUUCCCUGUCUGCCCUCUCCUUCCCCCAUCCCCAUCUUUUAGCAGGUAAGUAUCCCCAUCCCUUGCACUGUCACCAUGGCGAUACCUUGGCCUGUGACGUCACUCUGCUGUAGUUCAUUGCUUGUCUUGUUUUUUAAAAUUUUAUUUUCAUUUUUUACUACAGUAUGUCUUUCUCUCUGCUUUGUUUGGCUGAUUAUGAGUGGAUUAAGCAGUUAUGUCUCAAUUUUCCAAAGUAGUUUUGAGUUCUGUAUAUUUUUUUCUUUCUUUUGGUUGUCUUUGUUUGUUUCUCUACCGUUACUUUCCUUCUGGUCUAGCUCUUUUCACAGCUUAUAUCACCUAGCCUUAGGUUUCUGUUAGGAUGGACAAAGGAGCACAUUUGUAAAACUCUGCACAGUGAAAUCUGCAUACAAGGCCAGACAACCUUAACACAAUUGGAAGGCGGUGACGCAAUGUGCUGCAGAAAACACUCGGAGGCUUUGUUGUCCCCACGCUGUUCCAGCCUGUUGCAACUUCCUUUACACUUACAGUAAAUUGACUGCAUUUUCAUACAAGAAGCACAGCAAAAAUGUCUGUUUAAAGCCUGCUGUCUUGUCAGUAAGCUGUGAGAAUGGCUGGUGUUUGGUUCACUGUAGCUUUCUGGUCUCUCUGCACUUUAAAGGCAAACUUCUCUAACCCCAGCACCCUAUGCUCUCUAAAAGCAGGCUGUCUCCGAGCUGGCCUUCUAUCACCCGUACAAAAACAAUUCAACUUUGUUGUCUCUGUCUCUUUUUUCCCCCAGGACGCACGGACCCCGUGCCAAUCAUUCUUAAAUAUGAUGUCAUGGGAAUGGGACGAAUGGAGAUGGAGAUGGACUAUGCAGAGGAUGCCACAGAGAAAAGACGAGUCCUCGAAGUGGAGAAGGAAGAGACUGAAGAACUGCGGCAAAAAUACAAGGAUCAGAUGGAAAAGGAGAAAGCCAUCGCUAAAGCUUUGGAAGACCUGAGGGCUAACUUCUACUGCGAGCUGUGUGACAAACAGUACACCAAACACCAGGAGUUUGACAACCACAUCAACUCCUAUGGCCACGCUCACAAGCAGAGGCUGAAGGAGUUGAAGCAGCGAGAGUUCGCCCGGAAUGUGUCAUCACGUUCCCGGAAAGGUGGGAAGAAGCAAGAGAAAAUGCUGCGUCGUCUGCACGAGCUGGCUGAUCAGAGAAAACAGCAGGACCGAACUCCAGGAAGUGGUCCCAUGUUCAAAACCACCACCGUGGUCGUGGAUGGACAGAAAGCCGAAGACAGUGACAGUAUUGCCCUCGAGAGCACUGCUGCCUUGCCCGAGAUCCCCGUAGAGGUUUCUGUUCCAGACAAACGUUACCAACCCUCCCCAAAGCCAGCCAGGACGUUUAGCUUCCCCCUGGGCAGGAACAAGUGCUCUUCCCCCACAGCUAGCGCUUCCUCCAAAGUCAGUGUAUCUUUCUCUUUCGCCAAGAAGGCUCCAGUCAAGCUGGAGACGGCAGCGGCAGUGUUCACCGAUCAUGGUGAGGAGGCUGUGGAGGGAGAGGAGGAGGAGGGCCAGGAGGUAGAAAAGGCUGCGGCGCAAAAUGAAGCGUCCGUCUCUGACGGCGACAGUCCCAAAGGCGGAUCACGUGGAAGUGAAGGAGCGGAGCCCACUAGUGCGGCUGUGACGGAAGAGGAGGCGCCGCAGCUGCCGCCACCGCCACAGAACGACGGAAGCUCCCUGGCCUCCACUCUGAACAAGCUGAAAAUGAUGAUGAUGAAGAAGGAGGAGGGCUACAUGGGGCAGGAGCCUCAGUACUACCACUACAUGCCUCCAGCCCACUGUCGAGUGAAACCCCAUUUCCAGUUUCUGCUCUUCAUGAAGGCAACAGAUCAGGGUCAGAGUAAAGAGGACGGCGAGGAGGAUGAAGUGCAGGAGGAGAAGAUUGAGGACGGCUCUCAGCAGACAGAGUCCAAUGUUCAAGAGUGUAACGAUGAGGAAGAUAGUGGAACCACCACUUCAAUCCCUGAUCCUUCUCAGCAGACUCCUCCGUCUCCUAAAGUAAAGGAUGGGGACAAUGCUCCACGCACAGUUGAGACAACUCCUGAUGUUCCUGCUUCUCCUGCAGAGAAAGGAGAAACCCCACAGGAUCUGUCGGACUCCAACUCGGGUCCUAAAAUUCCAACAGGUCCCUUCUUCCCCGUGUUAAGCAAAGACGAAAGCACCACCCUGCAGUGGCCCUCCGAGCUCCUGGAGUUCACCAAAGCACAACCCUCGCUGUCUUACAGCUGCAACCCUCUCUACUUUGACUUCAAGCUGUCUCGCAACAAAGGCCCGCGUGCUGGAAAAGUGGCGAGGUCUCCAAAGACUUGUGAGCAGCCUGACAAGGAACAGCAGCAUGAACAGGAGAAGGGGGCAACAGUGGCAAAAGUGGAGCCAGCCGCUAAAGCUGAGCUCAGCUGCAACAACGACGAGGCGGCGGCAAAGGGUGAGGGUGGCCCAUCUGAAGGCGACGAUCAAAAGGCCGCAACUAGCGGCGGUGGCGCCAAGAAGAAAAAGAAAAAGAAGAAGCACAAGAAGUCAACAAAGCAUUUGAAACGCAAAGCAAAGGACAAAUUGGCGGCAGAAGACGGUGAGGGCGAAACUGAGCCCACGCAAGAGAUGCCCAAGAAGAAGAAAAAGCACAAAAAAAAGAAGAGCAAAAACAAAGGGGUUGAUCAAAAAGAGGCAGUGGGGGAUGACAAAGAGAAAACCAAAGCAAAGUCUGAAGAUAUAUCGGAUGCCUCCUCCGUGCAGGCUUCGUCUGGAGUGCUAGGUGAAGUGGGCAAGAGGAAACGCAGUGUGAAGGAUCAGCCCAGCAAGUCAGAAGCGGAGGAGGGCAACAAGGGAAAAUGCCAGGACAAAGUCGCUUCCACCGAGGAGCACGGUGGCAGAAAGCGGCUAAAAACCGAGUCCGCCGCAUCCCAGACCAUCUCCUGUUCCACCUCAGCCCAAAAGAGUCCUGGACCAGCAAGACCUCCCAGCAGCGAGAGCGAGGAGGAAGGGGGCUCCACCACCCAGCGCUCGCGGCAUCAUAGGUCGAGUCCUCGGGAGGAGCGGCGCCAUCAUAGUGAGGAAUCGCGGCGCUCCUGCAGCCGCUCGUCGAGACGUGGCAGCAGCUGUCGGCGGCACCAUCGUGGUAAAACCUCCCAGAGUCGCUCUUACUCCAGCAGCUCUGAGCGCUCCUCGGCAGGCAGCAGCGCAUACAGUCACAGAAGUCGCAGCUACUCGGACAGCUACAGCGACUACAGCACCGAAGGGCACAGGCGAAGGCGCUCCAAGCGCUCCUCGGACUCUGAGUACGAGAGGCGGGGCAGCCGAGGGCGCAGGCGGUCAAGGCGGCGCCAGUACUCGUCGUCCUCCUCCGACGAUUCCCGCUCACGGUCGCGCAGCUACAGCCGUAGGAAGAGGCACCGGCGGCACCACCGCAGCACCUCUCGUAGCUCCAGCAGCUGGAGCCGCAGCACCAGCGCCAGGUCUUGGCGCCGCAGCUACAGCCGCAGCCGCAGCUCAGCCAGCCGCUCGUCCAGCUCCACCAAAGUCUCCCCACACCGGCGUGGUAACCGAAGCCGAGGGGGCAGCGAGACCAGCCGCAGGGAUUUUAACCGCUCCCGCAUCUACCGAUCUCAGUCGCCACGCUCUAACUCACGCAGCCUUAAUCGCAGCGUUACCAGCUCGCUGGCUCAGAGGCUAGGCGGGUCCCGGGAUGCAGGCGAGCACAAGAACUCCCUCACGGCGCGCCAGCUCUUGGAGAAGAUUCAGGCAAAAAAGAAUUCAGACGAUCCUGUCACAGGACCCAAAUCUGGAUUAAAGAUUAAGGAUCCUCCGCAGGGAUACUUUGGUCCCAAGCUUCCCCCAGCGAUAGGAAACAAAAGUAUACUGCCGCUUUUUGGCAAACUUCAAGCAGGCAAGAAAACACCAAUAAUCCCCCUGACCAGACCUGACGAGGGCGAAAAAUCAGGACCAGGGAAGAGCUGUGAUGUAGAUGGAGAAAUUAUUCUGGUGGAGCCCAUUAGGGAGUUCCCUCCCCCGCCACCCCCUCCAGCUCCACCAGUGCAGAAAGUGGAGGAGGCCCCUCAGAGCACAGCGCCCCAAGAGGAGAUGACGACAGAAGGUCAGGUGGUCCAAGAACCCCACCUGCUGUUUGAGCAGGAGUCCUCCAUGAUGAUGCCUCAGUACCAAGUGGAAUCAGCACAGGACCCCUCACAGAACCCCAUGAUGGAGUCCCUCAUGCCCGACCAACAGCCCCCCAUGCACGGCUACCCGGUCUACGCCCCACAGGGCCUGGAGGAGGAAGGCAUGGAAGCGGAGGAGGAUGGCCUGGCUCCUCUGGAGAGUCAGCCCAUCACCUUCACGCCAGAGGAGAUGGAAAAGUACAGCAAGCUGCAGCAGGCGGCGCAGCAGCACAUCCAGCAGCAGCUGCUGGCCAAGCAGGUCAAAACUUUCCCCUCCGCUGCGGUCGCCGCCGUGGCCGCCGCCGCCAACCUGACCCCGGCUCCGCCGCCACCGGCUCUGCAGCAAAUCCACAUCCAGCAGCCUGCCGUGUCCGUGGCGUCCGGGACGUCCAUCGCUACGGUGCAGCACGCCCUCCUGCAGCACCACGCCGCCACCGCCGCUGCCAUGGGCAUCCACCCUGCGCACCACCCGCACCCCGCCCAUGCGCAGCUGGCCCAGGUGCACCACAUCCCCCAGCACCACCUCACCCCCAUCUCCUUGUCUCCCUUAGGCCAUACCCUUGGACACUCGCUGGGACACUCUUUGGGACACGCCGGGCUCAUCCCCGCCCACCCGACCGCAUUCCUAUCCGGUCAGCCCAUUCACAUCAUCCCGGCCUCGGCGCUUCACCACACCCCCCUGGCCCUGCACCACGUUCCCCACGCAGCCCUCUACCCCACACUCUUCACGCCGAGGCCCUCGCAGGCUGCGGCGGCCGCGGCGGCGCUCCAGCUCCACCCGCUCCUUCACCCAAUCUUCUCAGGGCAGGACCUCCAGCACCCGCCUAACCACGGCUCCUGAGCACAUCCAGGAACCAUCUGACGGAUGUGUUACUCAACACUUAUCCCUCUCUUUUGAGGUGACUCUCCAGACACUGGCUUAUGUUUUUCACGGGGUACGCAAACGGGAUCCAUUUUGUUUUUGAAAAACUUUUUACUUUGACCACUGGACUUUGUUGUUUUUCACAAUUUAUUUUAUAGUAUUUGACAAACAAAAUGGCCAAAGCCAUAAACAAAAUGAUUAGAGAAGGAUUAAAAAACACAAGCUGCACCUGUUAUACAGUACAUAAUAGGGACAGAAUAUUUCAUAUAUUAUUCUAAUAUGACUACUUGCUCUAUAUCAGAUCAUUUAUUUCUAAUGCAGUAACUUGUACAAAUAUUCACGUGAAGACUUAAGUGUCCAGGUUGUUAAGGCAUUCAUUCACUUAUUUUUUUCUUCAAACUAGCAAAAAGAGGCAAGGAUUUUUAUUUGCUCACGUUCCCUUAUGAGGGGACAACUGAAUGAAUUGCACUGAAUCCUUCAAAGAUGAUGCGUUUUGCGUCGUUUAAGAUUGUAGUAUACUGCAAUAAUUGUAUUUUUCUGUUUUUAAAUUAUUUUCCAAGAAGAUGGGUGUGUGUGUGUUUUUUUUUUUGUUUUUUUGCUUUUGUGUACUUUUUUGUAAAUAAUAAAAACGCUGUAGAGUAACCUUAA